GUGAUCAUCUACUAUGUGGUCAUUGGUCAGUGCUCGUGGCCAUCCUUGCAUGAUCACUCCCAGCAGAAGCAACCUUCAUUAAAAGGAGGCUGAACCACUUAAGAUGAUGCUCUUGGCUGACACCCAUCUCCUUGGUCCUAGAAGAGGCCACUGGUUCGAUAAGCUUCGCAGGGAGUGGCAGAUGUACCGUACGUUCCAGACUGCCUUAACCCUUCAGAACCCACAUGUGGUGGCAUUUCUUGGUGAUGUUUUUGAUGAAGGCCAAUGGAGCAGUGACAAGCAAUUUGAUACUUAUAUGGAGCGAUUCUGGGAGCUUUUCUACAUUCCAAGGGGCACUAAGAUGCUUGUUGUGGCUGGAAAUCAUGACAUCGGCUUUCAUUACAGGAUGCACAAAAGUUUUGUGGAUCGUUUUGACAAAACCUUCAACACUUCUGCUGUGCAUAUGAAGACAUUCAAAGGCAACACAUUUGUAUUGAUAAAUAGCAUGGCAAUGCAUAUGGACAACUGUAAUUUAUGCGUCCGUGCAGAGGCACAGCUGAAAGAUGUUGAACGCAGGCUGCAGUGUUCCUUGGCACUGGAUUCAAAAAUGACGUCUCAGCACAAUGUCCCACCAAAGGAAACUUGCACCAAAGUGGAUUUUGAGCACCACAGUCGUCCAGUUUUGCUCAUGCACUUCCCUCUCUACAGGACAUCAGAUAGUGAAUGCUCAGGGCCAGAUGCUGCUCCCUAUCCAGACAGAAAUGAAGUGUUCCGGGAAAAGUGGGACUGCCUGUCUGAAAAAGCUACAGAGAUGGUCCUUAGUGCCCUGCAGCCUCGUGCUGUAUUCACCGGUCACACGCACCAUGGCUGCGUGACAUACCACCGGGGUGAUAUUCCGGAAUGGACGCUGCCAUCAAUCAGUUGGCGCAACAAGAAGAGUCCGAGCUUUACUCUGGCCGUAUUUACACCUGAUGACUUUGCAGUGUCCAAGUGCUACAUUCCCCAAGAGACGACUGUUGUUCUUAUAUAUGUUACAAGUGCAGUUCUCCUUGGUUCUUGGUGCGUCUUUAGCCACUGAAAUAGGCAUCUGCAACGCCGAGGAGGCGUUGGUCUUUGUUGUGUUUAAGGCUGUCCCACGGCGGCCGUCUUGAAAAAGCUUAAAAUUUGACCCCUAGAUGGCGACACCAAUCCGUGUGGCCCAGAAACUGUGGUAUGGCUCGUGGCCCCUGUGCAAGUUGCACGUUCACUGCAUGCUCUCGCCUGCGUCACGCAGUGCCAGCGCUGCCUAGUUUGCUCGGCUGUUUAGCAAAACAAGCUAGCCCAGCCAACCCAUCUCUCGGAGGAUACCAAGCUGGGUGACUUCUAUUCUCUAAUAUGGGCUUCUGAUCCGUGGUGCCCUAACUUCUACAUGCUUUUGUGCAAGACAUCACGGAGUGAGAAGAAUAUAUGUCGGCUCGACUUGUUGACUUUUCGUGAAUUAAAAAAAAAAAAAUUGUUCGGCA